GUCACAUCAGCGCUCGCUUCGACCCCUUCAACUUCCUGUCUUUACCCCUCCCCAUGGACAGCUCCAUGCACCUGGAGAUCACUGUCAUUAUGCUGGAUGGUUCUACCCUGUACGGUUCGGCCUGAGGCUCAACAUGGAUGACAAGUACACCGGUCUGAAGAAACAGCUGAGUGAACUGUGUAGUCUGAAACCAGAACAGAUACUACUGGCUGAGGUCCACACCUCCAACAUCAAGAACUUCCCUCAGGAUAAUCAGAAGGUGCGUCUGUCGGUGAACGGCUUCCUGUGUGCGUUUGAGAUCCCUGUGCCAUGCUCCCCCACUUCCCUCACCUCUCCAACACAGACAGACAUCACCCCUGUGCCCAUGGUUAACGGGGUGGGGGUGGCAGCGCAUCCUGAUGGUAAGCCUGGUCUGAUCUCCAACGGCAUGCCCAGCACCAUGGUGCACUGCAGAGAGACCACAGAGAAGCCUGGCCAACGGAGGGUGGGGGUGCCCAACGGACACGUGUCCCUCGUCCAGGACAGCCCCUUCAACGGGUACAUCAUCGCCAUGCACAGGAAGAUGGUGGAUCAGCCUGAUUUCUUUGGGACAUUCUAUUAA